AUGCCUCUCCCAGCGUAUACCAAUAAUGGUCCGGUGGACUGCUCAAUUAAGCCCGACGUAACUGAUUUAAAGGGAAGAAGCGUCGUGAUUACUGGAGGGGCAAACGGGUUCGGCGAGGCAUUUACUAGAGCGUUCGCGGCUGCAGGGGCAUUCGUGACAUUCGGCGACAUCGAUGUCAGGAAAGGCGAGAGUCUCGCCGCAGAACUGGGAAGCAACGUCCGAUUCGUCCAGUGUGAUAUAACCUCAUGGGAUGAUCAGCUUGCUUUGUUCAAAAAGGCUGUUACUGAAUCGCCAGCGAAGUCUUGUGAUAUUGUCAUUGCGAAUGCUGGAAUCACAGGCCCCGAUCCACCUCAUCCACUAACGAUCGUCUCAGAUCCAACCACGGAGCCGACAAAACCGGACCUUCGGAUUCUUCAAGUCAACAUGAUUGGAUCCUUCUAUACACUGAAGUUGGGACAACAUUAUCUUCGGUUUGCCCCAGAGUCAGCACAGAGUGACCGGUGUUUUAUCUUCAUGGGCAGCAUUGCCGGCAUACUGGAUCAGCCAGGUUCUUUCCAGUACUCUGCGUCCAAAUUCGGCCUUCGAGGUCUCAUGAGAAGCGCCAGGCGUACGCUCUGGCAAGAAAACAUACGGAUCAAUUACAUAGCGCCAUGGUACACAAAGACGACUAUCUUGAAACCCCAGGUCAUUGCCACACUGAUUUCAAAGGGCGUGGAGUUUGCAGAGAUUGAAGAUUGCACCACUGCUGCACUUCGAAUAACUUGCGACAAAAGCAUUAAUGGACGUUCCUUUGGAAUUAUUCCACGCUCAGUAGUGUCUGAAGGAUAUAUGGAUAUCAAUCUUGAUGACUAUGACGAAGGUACUCUAUGGCAGAAUCUCCAGUCUAUCGCUUUGGCGGCUUCCAUUCGGACGAUGCCGGCGGCUAAGCAAAAUGCUCAUUGA